UGUGUACUGUUAGGCUCUGCCUGAAAAGUUAAAUGACUCACUCUUUCCUCCCCACGUCCUUUUUCUCUCCCUGUCCCUUUAUCCUCCCCCCUCCCUCCUCCUCUCUCCAGGUGGCUGGCCCACCAUUCAAGUACAACACGCUGAAUGCCUUCACCAAGCUGCUGGGGGCCCCUACCAACAUCCUCAGGGACUGUGUCCGCAUCAUGAAGCUUGAACUGUUCCCUGACCAGGCCACCCAGUUAAAGUGGAAUGUCCAGUUCUGUCUGACCAUCCCCCCCAGCGCCCCUCCCAUUGCACCCCCAGGAACCAUCGCUGUGGUGCUCAAGUCCAAAAUGCUCUUCUUCCUCCAGCUGACCCAGAGGCUGACGCUGCCCCAGGAGCCGGUCAACAUCAUUGUUCCCAUCGUAUACGACAUGGCCACAGGCCUGACCCAGCAGGCUGACAUCCCCAGACAACACUCCUCCUCUGGGGCAGCAGCACUUAUGGUCUCCAACAUCCUCAAGAGGUUCAGCGAGCUGCACCCAGCACGACAGGGUGAGUGCACUAUCUUUGCCUCAGUUCACGAGCUCAUGGCCAACCUCAACCUGCCCCCUGGUGGUCGCCAGUAGCAACCGCACCUCCCUAGCCGGAAACGGAAACGGAACCAGAACCGGAACACGACUCAAUACGGUUCCAUUCUGGAACAGGGAAAGGUUCCUUUCUGGAGUCUCAUGAACAGGAGAUGACGUGUGCCCACUGGAUUUCCUAAUGCAACAUAUCUCCUCUCUGCCUCAGCCAACUGACCUAAAACUGAUGUACAGUUAGUUAUUUUGUCAAAAAAGGGAGCAGAAUUAUGCAGAACCAUCAGUUUUUAUUCUUGAUAAAGAACACAUUAAUGACCCAAAUAAAGGAACAACUGCAGGUGUGAGUGUAUCUUGAAAGAGAGACAAGUAUUCAUUGUAAGAAGAACUUCAAAAAUAUUUUUAUUUUUUUCCUCCAGAUGCACUUCUUAUCAAAGGAUUCACAAAUUCAGAAUAUAGGUGUUUACCUAAAGAUGCACAUUGUUGUAUAUUUCAGCAUUGAAAAGGAUAAUAAGCCAGUUGGAUGAGUAGGACUUUUGCUAGAGCGUGAAUUCACAUUCGUUCUUUUUUUAUAACGCAAGAUAUCAAUACUGUUGUGGUACUGGGGCUGAAUUCUAUCUUAGUACACUAUUUAAAUGUCUUAUUCCCUUGAUGUCAAACCUAGUCCCUUCCUAGUUCAAACGGGUCACUUUGAACACUGUAAAACUGUGACAAACUUUAUAAGCCAGCUGUAUUGUAUUAUGACUGCUUUUGAGUCCUGAAUGAAGAUCCAGUCUGUCUUUGAUUACUAUUUAAUAAACCAAUUUAAAAAAUGA